AUGGACAAGGCUUGGAGCCACACGAAAAAUCUCGACCUCCAGCUUCAAAGAAGUAAAGCUUUGUCUGGGGAAAGUGACAAUAGCGGGCUUAUCGCUCUCGUUUCCCACCUCGGCCAUGGUCGGCCGCUCGGUUUGAGAAGAACCGGCGCCUUGCUCCAAGGAGGUGGCGCCGCUGCUGCCGCCAUUCUUUUUCUUCAGUGGGAAGGGAAGUUUAAGGUUCGAGAGAAGAAGCAAUAUGGGGUUCUUUUCCUGCUCUUCAAUAUGCACAGCGUUUUUCGCCUCUUCCAGUUCCAUUUUUGGUCUCUAAUUUGCUUUUUUCCGUCGGCUGAGGCUCUGAAUUUGUUUGUAGGUUGUGUUUUGGCGUUUUGGUUGGGUAAUACAACUCAAUUAGAGUAA